GGGCCGUGCCGCGUAGCGUAGCGUAACGCUGCGCGCGCAGGGAGCCCCAGCUCCUGCUGGCCCCUCCCCUCCCCGCCGUAGGUCGGUCGGUGCCGGAGUGGGGCGAAGAUGGCGGCGCCGCUGGUUCCGCUCUCCCAGCAGUUCAUGACUGGAAAUCCAUUAUAUGAAUCAUAUUACAAACAGGUAGAUCCAACAUACACAGGGAGAGUUGGGGCUAGUGAAGCUGCACUUUUUCUGAAAAAAUCAGGUCUUUCAGAUAUUAUUCUUGGAAAGAUUUGGGAUUUGGCAGAUCCAGAGGGUAAGGGCUUCUUGGACAAACAGGGUUUCUAUGUUGCCCUGAGACUAGUAGCAUGUGCACAAAAUGGCCAUGAAGUUAACUUGAGCAGCCUAAACUUGAGUCUCCCUCCUCCAAAAUUUCAUGACACUAGUAGCCCUCUGUUGGUCACACCUCCUUCAGCAGAAUCCCAUUGGGCUGUUAGGGUGGAAGAGAAAGCAAAAUUUGAUGGAAUUUUUGAAAGCCUUUUACCUGUAAAUGGUUUACUUUCUGGGGACAAAGUAAAACCAGUUCUGAUGAACUCCAAGCUACCUCUGGAUAUCCUGGGCAGGGUCUGGGAUCUCAGUGAUAUUGACAAGGAUGGACGUUUGGAUAAAGAUGAAUUUGCUGUGGCGAUGCACCUAGUAUAUCGAGCUCUUGAGAAAGAACCAGUUCCAUCUGUACUUCCACCGUCACUUAUACCACCUUCCAAAAGAAAAAAACCUGUUUUUCCUGGUGCUGUACCUGUUCUUCCUGCAAGUCCCCCACCCAAAGAUAGCCUACGUUCAACUCCCUCCCAUGGCAGUGUGAACAGUCUUAAUAGCACAGGGAGCUUAUCUCCCAAACAUGGCAUAAAACAAGGGCAGCCAACAGUGAAUUGGGUGGUACCAAUGUCCGAUAAAGUGAGAUUUGAUGAAAUUUUCUUGAAAACUGACUUGGACAUGGAUGGUUAUGUGAGUGGCCAGGAAGUGAAAGAAAUAUUUAUUCACUCAGGCCUUACUCAGAGUCUCUUAGCACACAUUUGGGCCCUGGCUGAUACAAGGCAGACGGGAAAACUAAGCAAGGAGCAAUUUGCAUUAGCCAUGUAUUUCAUUCAGCAAAAGGUCCAUAAAGGAAUUGAUCCUCCUCAGGCUUUGUCCCCUGACAUGAUCCCACCCUCAGAAAGAAACACUCCUCUUCAGGAUAGUGCAAGUACUCUUGGAACAGGGGAAUUCACAGGAGUAAAAGAACUUGAUGAUAUCAGUCAGGAGAUUGCUCAGCUGCAAAGAGAAAAGUAUUCCUUGGAACAAGACAUUCGAGAAAAGGAAGAAGCCAUUAGACAGAAAACUAGUGAAGUACAGGAGUUGCAGAAUGAUUUAGACAGAGAAACGAGUAAUUUACAAGAAUUAGAAGCCCAGAAACAAGAUGCUCAAGAUCGCCUUGAUGAAAUGGAUCAGCAGAAAGCUAAACUUAAAGAUAUGCUAAAUGACGUAAGGCAAAAAUGCCAGGAAGAAACACAGAUGAUUUCAUCAUUGAAAACUCAGAUUCAGUCUCAGGAAUCAGAUUUAAAGUCACAAGAAGAUGACUUGAAUAGGGCCAAAACUGAAUUGAACCGAUUGCAACAAGAAGAAACCCAACUAGAACAGAGCAUCCAAGCAGGGAAGGUUCAACUUGAAACAAUAAUUAAAUCUUUGAAAUCAACACAAGAAGAAAUUAAUCAGGCAAGAAGUAAGCUUUCUCAACUUCAAGAGUGUCACCAGGAAGCCAGCACAAGUAUUGAACAGUAUAAUGAAGCACUGAAUGGGAUUCCUGGUGACAGCAUGACCAACUUAGCUGACCUUAAUGAAGGAGCCACACAGAAAGAAAAAGGCGGUUUUGGAGCUAUGGCCAUAUUGUUGAAGACUACUGAUAACCUAUCUCAGGAUGAUCCAUUCAAGAAUAAAGCCUUAUUAUUUAGCAACAGUACACAGGAAUUGCAUACAGACCCUUUCCAGGCAGAGGAUCCUUUCAAAUCUGAUCCAUUUAAAGGAGCUGAUCCCUUCAAAGGCAGUGACCCCUUCCAGAAUGACCCUUUCGCAGAACAACAAAUGACUUCAGCAGAUCCAUUUGGAGGGGAUCCUUUCAAAGAAAGUGAUCCAUUUCAUAGCUCCGAUGAUUUCUUCAAGAAACAAGUCAAGAGUGAUCCAUUUACCUCAGACCCAUUCACAAAAAACCCCUCCUCAUCUUCAAAACCUGACCCCUUUGAAGUCAGUGAUCCUUUUUCAUCAUCUAGUAUCUCUUCAAAAGGAACAGAUCCUUUUGGAACCUUAGACCCCUUUGGAAGUGGUGCCUUCAGUAGUAGUGAGGGCUUUGCAGACUUCAGCCAGAUGUCAAAGCCCACCUCUUCUGACCCUUUCAUCUCCUCUUUUGGAGGGGUGGGAUUCUCAGAGGACCCUUUUAAAAGUAAGCAGGACACUCCAGCUCUGCCACCGAAGAAAAAUGUCCCUCCACGACCCAAGCCACCCAGUGGAUUCUUGUGAGGACAUUAUGCAGGUUCAUGGAAUUUUGAGUUAGCAAGCAUCUUAUAAAAUCCUCAUGUUUAACAGAAAAAAGGGACUUUCUCAAUAAAUGUAAGUUGUUAUUCUUGUGUUCUCUGGGGGCCAGCAAGAAAAGAAUUUUCCUGGAUCAUAAGUGGGGGUGAUUGCAGAGAGGAAAAAGGACUUUCUCAAUAAAUGUAAGUUGUUACUCCUAUGUUCUCUGGGGUCCAGCAAGAAAAAGGAUUUUCCUGGAUCUUAAGUUGGGAUGAUUGCAGAGGGAGAGCAUAGAUAACUAAAGAUAUCUCCCACAAUUUGGCAUUCAAGGGAGACUGCUUGUGGGGAUACUUAGAAACAAUUACUUUCCUUGCUCUCUUCUGUGGAAGAGAGAUUAGAUUUAUUCUGCUUGGCUCCAAGAAUUAGGAGUAGUGCAAGGAGUUAUGAGAAGACAGAUUUGGGCUCAAUAUAAGGAAUAACUUUCUAACAAUAUAAAUUGCCAGCACUGAAAUAUACUGCCUUCUAUAAGAUGGGGAAUUCACUGUCACUGGAGCGGUACAGAAAGAUCCAGAGGAUUACUUAUUGGAUGGUAGAAGGAAUUCUUGUUCAAGAAUUGGUUGGGUUGAAUUAGGCUUCUCAGUUCCUAGCUCUCAAUUUCUAUGUUUCUCUGCUUCCUUUUCCCCCUGGAAAGGUUUGUUAUCAAGACAUCAAUUAUUGGACAGGCAGCAUGUUAAUAGUUAAAAGAUAGUUAAAAGUUAAAAUAUAGUUAUUAUAUUUAGUUAUAGUUAAAAGAUCACUUGCUCUGGUGUCAGAGGACCUGAAAUCAGCUUCAGACAAGUCACUGAACUGCUGUCAGUUGUCAGUGAGAUCCUUCUUUAUUUACACCAUCUCUUUCUUCAUCCUGCCUGUUGAUAUUUGUUAAAGACACCAUUAAAAAUAUAUCUCAUACUUAACUUAAGUUGCCAUCCCUAGCUCUAUUUAUCACAUCCUACCUAAGGCCGGGGAAAGUAUUUUAUAGCCAUUGAUAGUGAUUUUCAGAUGAUUCGGGGGCCCCCCCCCUUUUUUUUCUGCAGUAGAAUGUUAGCUACUUUACAACUUGAGAAGUGUAAGCUUUGAAUAAAUGCUCAGGUGAGGCUCGUCCAUAGAAGAAAUUGAAAUUGGUUAGUGCUGUCAACUGCCUUCUAGUGGGAAUGUUAGAACUCCCCAGAGGGACAACUAGUAAAAUAGUAAAAUAGUCAAACUGAAAUUUCCCCCCUUUAGUUCUAUUUCUCAAACUUUGAGUGCAUGUUAUCUUUUUUAAAAAACAAACUUAUGAAACUUUGGAAUUUUAUACAGGUUGCAUUUCUGUACAAUUAGCUUUCACUAUAGGAAAUGGUAAGAUUCUUAGUUCCCUACUGACUUUAUGACUACAUGGUAACUCUACUAUAGAAUUCAUUUAGUUAGAUUCAAAUUGGAGUAUGCUAAGGAAGCAAUACGAGAUGUCUGCAGAAAUGGGAUGAAUCAAAUCUACAAAGUAUUGAUAAACUUUGAGAUUGGGGGGGGGAUAGAAAGUGACUUAAGUGAUUUGAGUUUUAAGUCUGAGUACAUGGUACUAUAAUUUUGUUAUGAAAACUGGUGGAUGAAAUUCAUUAAAUUGUUUACUGACAUUAUUUUGUCACCUUUCCUUUCUAUGGAACCAGUGUAACUUCUGGCAUGUUUUUUAUAUUUUGUAUGUAAUCCUUUUGUAGGGACCUCUUGAAAUUUCUUUCCUUUUUUUUAAAUAAAUACUAUUCCUUUUUUUUAAAAAUAAAUACUAAUUAAGUGCCAGUGGUAUUUUGCUUCUUAGUAUCAAGCAUCAAACAAGAUAGCAAUGGAGUGACAGUACCAAAGGCCUGGUCAGCUUUUCUCAGGGAUUCCCAACCAACCUCAUCCUGUUCCUUUUAAAAGCAUUGAGCUGAUUUUUCUUAAAAUUCAGUAAAUGUUUUCAGUGAUCACUUUGAACCUCAAAUUUUAUCUGAUCAAGUCAUGUUUUUGGCAUAGCUUUGAUCUCUUUUGGCCAUACUUCAACAUACAUACUAGAGUAAAGUGCCUCGCUUGGGCCCUUGCAGGUGAUUUAUAAUGUUUCUAAUCACAGUUGCUUUCUCACUUUAACAAUAAUUGAUUCUGAAGCAGCUAGGUGACUCAGUGGAUAGAGAGCCAGGCUCAGAGAUGGGACAUCCUAAGUUCAAAUGUGGCCUCAAACACUUCUAACUGUGUGACCCCGGGCAAGUCACUUAACCCCCAUUGCCUAACCUUUACCCUCUUCUGCCUUAGAACCAAUAUACAGUAUUGAUUCUAAGACAGAAGGUAUGAGUUUUUAAAAAAAUAAAAGUAAAAGAUCAGUUUUUAUUUUAUGAACCCACAUAUAAGCAUUUCAGAAUCUAAAAAUAUGUUACCAAGAGUUAUCAUUUGUUGGAAAACUAUAAUGUUGAAUGGUUGGUGAUUGUUCAGCAUACUUUUAUUCACUCCUUUUUUUCCCUCCACUGAAUUUUUUUUUAAAGGAAGAAUGGUAGCUAUGGGUUAUAUUUAUCUAAUCAUUUGUAAUUACCUAGUGAUUUAUAAUCUAUGCCCUUAUUUGAUCCUAAUAUUAAUACUGUGGAAGUAGGGAGCAUAAGUACAAUUAUUACCAUUUUACUAAUGAGGAAAGUGAGGCCAAGAGAGGAAAGUAUCCCAGGACACAUAACUAGUGAGUGGCAGAUCUGGAAUUUGAGCAUAGAUCUUUGACUCCAAAUUUUCUGCUCUUGGCACUGUACCUCACUGCCUGUACCUAGGUAAUGUAAACUUAUCCUCCUUCUGAAAGGUCAGAGAAGACCAAUUGCCUCCUUCGUUCUUCUUUGUCUGUUACUAACACCUCCCUCCCAGUACCACCUAAAUGGCUCUUGUUGGCUUGCUUUCAGAAGUCCUGACAGUUGUAUGAGAGCUUAGGCAUUCUGUGUUGUGUAGGAUAAAUGAGUCUGGGGAAGCAGCUGGGCCAGCCACAAACCAGAAAUUCCACUGGUUUUUCAUUCUGUUGCUUUGAUCUUUCAUUUUUUAAAAAUUGCUACCAGGUGAAUUUAGUAUGCAGUAUUAGUCAUGGGAUUUCUUGUUGGAAUAUUUGUAUGUGAACAGAUAACACAUUUAUGCAUGUAUGUAUAUUGGUGUAUUUACAUGCACACAAAUACUGCAUCUAUUCAGUAUUGAUGCAAUUAAUUAUAAAUGCAUGUAAACAUGUUCAAUGCCUGUUGCUGAUCUUUGCUUCAAUUGUAUUUGCAAAUCUCAUUUGUAAAACUAGAUUCACCAAAAGUUAUUCUUCUCCUCAGCAGUGGCCAAAAUUUAUGUCUCAAGUUUUAGACUUCCAUCUUCUCACUGAUUAGUCAGAAAUUCAGUGUCCUGCUAGGUUUAAGGUUUCCUGAAAAGCAUUCUGGGAAAACAAUAUUUUAGAAUUGAUUCCCAAGUGUUCUUUUGGAAAGUAUGCUCCUAUUCUUUUUUAAUAGUAUUAACCUUUUGAGUUCCAGAGAACUAUCACUACUUUUGAAAAUCAAAAAGUAAAAAAUUAAGAUUUUACCUGGGGUGGAGCCUGUCCCUGAGCUUUUAACAGCAUUUAACCUGCGGUAAACCAUUUUCUUCAUAUUGUUUUUGCUAAAGUAAGUCCUGUGUGUGGUUUCGGUGCACCACUUGGGUAACUGCUGAAACUGCUGUGGUUUGAGCUAACUUGCCUUCUCAAAGUCUUCUAAACUUUUUAUACUGUUAAUGAAAACUCUAGCAUUGGCAUUCAGAAAUAAUCAUGGAUGGUACUUAACAUCAGAACCAUAAAAAUGGUCCAUAAUUCUCCAAUAAUUUAGAAGCCUUUUUUUUUUUAAAAUCAGAUUUCAUCUGGUCAGUUCUGGCUGGGUACCAUAUUUCAAGGGGGAUAUUGGCAAAUUAGAACCUAAUCAGUGGAGAAUAACCACGAGAAGGACACAAAUCAGUUAGAUAUGAGAAUCAUUUGUAGAAGGGGACCUGUUUAGCCUAGAGAAGAAAAGAUUCAAAUCACAUAGGGGACAUAAUAGCUAUCAUGAAAUAUCAUAGGAAAGCAGGACUUAUUUUAUUCUCUUGGCCUAAAACAGAGAUUGUUGAUUUGAGGUUACAGAGAUUUUGACUCAAUAUAAAAAAAAACUGACUAAUAAUUAGAGCUGCUUAAUAUAGAAGGAAACACCUGGAAAGGUACUAAGUUUCCCAUCACUGGAGGUGUUCAGACAGAGGCUAAUUAAACAUAUAGAGAUACCUUAGAGAUUUUCUGUAUCACUUGGGUUUUUGGACUAGAAUAUUCUUUAAAGUCCCUUCUUUUUUUGGAAAUUCUGUGAUUUUAUCUAGAGUUGUAUAUCAGUGUACCCUAAUGAUACAACAAGUGGUUACAUUAGUGAAUUUGCUAAGUGGAGUAAAGACAGCAAAAUUAUUUUAUCACAUAUAAGAUUUAUUUCAAGAAAUGGGAAAAUGAUUUAACAAGUUAGCAGAAGUGUUUUCAUAAAAAUAGGAACUAGAUUGAAAAUAUUUUAAAAUGAAGCCGUUAAAAAUAAAUCAGCAUGUGUGCAAAGUAAAAUAGAAGACUUGAAUAAGCAGGUAGAUAUGUACUUCCUUCUGCACAAAUUUGCUGUUUUAUUAUAAGCACAUUAUAUUGCUAAACCAGAAAAAUCUCUAACACUUUUUGCACGUGUUGAGUCCAUCAUAGUCUUCAUGCAAAACAUUAAAAACAGACAAACGAGAAAAACAGUUUUUACUUUGAAAACAAGAGGCAAACAGUUGGUGUGCCCUGGUUUCACAUUAACAAAGUCAUGAUUUCCAAACAACAGCGGUUUCAGCAAUAGAGCAAAACUAAGAGAAGGCAGUUUUUGAAGUGAGCAGCUCUUUUCAUCUCUCUGAUAAUCUGCCUGGUUGUUAGAAACCUCAGUUUGAAAUGCUUGUAAACGGAGUACAUUUCAGCAUCCAUUAUCUUUGUAGUGACAGAUACUCAGAAAUCUCAGCUAAAAAUUGAAGACAAUUUGUUGGAAAGUACAUUUAGUCAUGUAGAGAUGUUGAUACUAUGCUCAGGACCCCAAUUUAGCUCUUGUCUGCCCCCUAAUUGAGACUUUGCCUAUCCACAUGAAGCAAUAUAUAGAGACCAUUAUACUAGACUCAAAAACCCUAACACUGACUCUGACCCUAGUUAUGUUACUUUGGGAAGGACCUUUCACUUCUGAGAAGCCACGUUCUGGGUGUUCACAAGAGGAGACCAUCACCUGAUGAUAAUACCCUAAGGCCCACAAAGCUUCUAUUGUGAGAACCAGGAGCCAGGAGCAUACACUUGGUAAAUGGUACAGCACUAUAUAUAUGUCAUCUCUUUUUUAUCCUCAUUUAUUCC